CCCAGGGAUCGCACUCACACAGCUGCGAACAAAGCACAUCGGUUCGCACUCGUCUAUAGCCACGCAUGCAUAAGUCUCCACGGAAAUUCAACUCAUGGAUGCAUCGACAAACAAACCUGCGGGCAGUGCCCCUCCACUCCUAUAGAGACCUGACGUACACGUUUGUGCAGCAUUGGCCCGUCUACCUCAGCCGUAGCAACCCAUGUAUGUGGGACCAUACUCAGCCGCAUGAUGCUGCUGAUAGUGCAUGCCAUAGGUUGGUUGCGUGGGUGAGAAGGGCACUCUCAGGGGCGGCGCCGGGUUGGGCUGCUUCCGCACCAUCGCAGGCAUCUGUGGAUGGCCGUGGGGGAAGAGGCAGUUGGGGGGCCGCGGCGCGUCGAAGGCGUCGCUCACCGCCCUCACCACGUCGGCAGGGAGUUGCAGAUCUGCACACACACACAGACACACACGCAUUGGCCCAGGUGAGCAAGAUCUCUGAGUGUACUUCUGAGUGUGCGGCUGGCUGGCUGGUUGGCGUGGUGGGCGAGUGGGUCACCUGGCCGGCCGAGUAGGCUGACGUUUUGCAGUUUGCUCAGCGUUACACGCUCGAGCGGGACGCCACGGGCAAACGCCUGCAUAGUGCAUGGUGCAUGGUGCAGACAGAUGGCAGGCAUGUUAACUAACACAUACAGAGUGACACACACUUGCCUAUGAAAUGAUAUGCUGUCUGGCGUACCAGUUGUGCGAUGUGGAAUGCUUUCUCGUAGACCUCUGCCUUGACACACCGCGAGAUGAGCUCGUCGUAGAUGGUGCUGUGCAAAUCCAUCUUCGACUGCUGGGCCUGCACACGAUGAUCCAUUCAGGCAUCCAGACACCAGGAGACACAUGUGGUCUCUGCCGCUGGUGUGUCUGUGAGUGCACCGUCUCAAAUAUCUCCACUGCCUUAGCGAGUCGCCCGUUGCGGAAGCAGCAGUUCAUGAAAGCUGAUAUCACGUGGCUGCGACACAUACACACACAUGAGGGGUGUCCAUGUGUGCUUGCUGCAGCACAGCCCAUACACGUGAACACACACACCUAUUGAGGGGCAGUCUGUUGGCCCUGGCGUAUUCCUCCACUUGCAGGGCCUUGUCGGGCCGCUGGGCACGCGCAAACAACUUAACCUGUGCAUCACGUCACGCACACAACACGCAGCAUCAAUACUAUCAAACAUCGAUGUAUGCAUCUCGUUCGCAUCAUGCUGACUGACGCACAAUGGUGGCGAGGAAGUAGUUGUCCGGGACGAUGGUGUUGUUCGGGUCAAGGAUGCGAUUCCACAGGACCUCUGCGGUCGACACGUCCUCAAACUUGGCACAUCCUGCACACAGACAGAGAGUCACGCGCAUGAGUGCCCUCAUGACAUGGGUGUGUACCAUCGAUGAGUAUGUUGAAGAGGAUGCGGUCGGGUUUGACGCCCUUCCUCUCCAUCGAAUGCAUCAACAACAUCGCCUUGUCAAGCUCAUUCUGACCGCACACAUCCACACACCGCACCAUCCGCCCGCCCCGUUCGCCCCUUUCGCCCCUCCCACCCUCCCUCCCUCCCUCCCUCCCACCCACCUGUUUGCAGAACCCCUUGAUGAGGCACGAGUAUGUGAUCAGGUCGGGCUUGGGCUUGUGGUAGCUACUAGAGCUGGCUUCACUGUCCAUGUCGGAUUGUGGUGAGUACGACCCCGAGAAGGCCUCCGAGAGCCCCUCGUGCUGAGUGGUCUUCUGGUGUGCGUCUUUGCGGUAGGGGGGGGCAGCCAUCAUUUCCUCGAAGAUCUGGAGGGCCGGGAGCAUCAGGCCCGCCUCGCAGUGGGCGUUGAUCAGCGUGUUGUACACUAUCUGAUGGAGUGAGAAGGGGGCGACGACAAUAUAUGCGGUGACCGUGUGUGUGUGUGUGUGUGUUUUGUGUGUGUGUACCUCAUUCGGUGCGAGGCCCACUCGCGGCAUCUCUGUGUAGUACUGAUAAGCCUUGUCCAACUGACAAGACGCACCACACACGGACUUACACGCAUAUAGACACCCAGGGCCGUCCAUCCAUCCAUCCAUGGGUACCUCCUGCACCCUGGUGAAGCCCUUAAUCAUGAUGGAGAAAUGGAUGGUGUUGAGCACGUCACGGCAGUUUUCCCUCACGCUGCCAUACACACACAUCCACACACAUGAUAAGACAAGGCCCCUUCGUUGCCUGCUUAGCUGUCCACCUGGCGAAGACCUGCUCCGCCUCGUCCAUGCGGUCGUUGGAUGCGAGGGCGUCGAGCAUGCAGCCCAGUGUGUACCCCGACGGCUUCAGCUUGUGAUGCUCCACCAUCGCUACCCACAGCUGCCACACCUGAAGACACACAUGGCAACACUGGUCUCUCUCCCUCUCCCUCUCCCGGUGUGUGCAUGAUCAAUGGGUGUGUACCGUUCGGAUGUCGCCCACUUUGCCGCAUGCCUUGAUGAGCGAGCCGUAGGCGUGGCAGUUGGGUCUGAGGCUGGAGCGGUUGAAGUGCUGGAAGGCCAUGUUGAGCAUGGCCUUGUCGCCGACACGGGUCAGGGAGUCCACAACGGUGCAGAACAAACGGAUGUCCUGAAGACACGGCCAAAGACACAUGGAUUGUGUGUGUGUGUGUGUGGUGUGGACGGACGCACCUCGCAUAUGUCGAUGGAUUGGAUGAAGGCCAUGAGCCUCGGCAGCUGGUCCUUCUUGCUGAACGCCUUGACCAUGAUCGAACUCGUGUACCUGCACACACACGUGGCAGCAGCCAGCCGCCUUUGAGGGCCCUCCCUGUGGGCGUGUCUCUCUUGUUCUUUGCUGACUUGUCCGUUUUGAAUCCGUGUUGGAGCAUUCGUUUGUAGACCUCCUCGGCCCAGCCGACCUCGUUGCGGUCCACCAACGCAUUGAUGUACUGGUUGUACGAUAUCUUUUGGCACACACACAUACAUACACACACAGAGAGAGAGAGAGAGAGUGAGACACGUAGGUAUGCCGUGUGCAGUGUCUGUGUCUGUGUCGUCUCGUCUGUGUCAGUAAAUACGGCGUCAGCUUUGGUGGGGCUGUCGUCCGACUCCAUCAGGGCCAGCAGCAGGUCCACCUUCCUGAAGUCCCCCUUCAAUAUGUACCUGCACCACAUCCACCACAUCCACCACAGGCAACACACACUUGACCCGUUUGUUUAUAUGUGUCUGCUCCCGUCCUCACGCCAGCUACUUACGCCUUCAUGAGUGUGUUGUAUGUGGUGCCGUCCUUCUCAGGCGCCUCGGAGAACAGCCGCUCCGCCGCCACUAUCGCCCUGGCCUCCGCACAGCAGUCCAGCGCAGCGUUGUACGCCUGCGUGUCCACACUCACGGCGGGGUCCUCCACCAUCUGACCCAGCACCCGCAAACCCAUCUCGGCAUCACCACACCUGCACACACACAUGCAGAAGGGUCGAUGCUCUUUGUGGGUGUCGUGAAGGAGUCGAUUCUAACAUACUUGCCGGCGAGUUUGAGCAUGCUCAUGUAGUGUGUGGCGGCUUUGGUGCCGAUGGCGUCGAACAGCUGCUGGGCGGCGCCGGUGUUGCCGCACUCGGCUGCGACGGAGAGCAGGGAGCCCCUCAUGCUGUCGGUCAGCUGCACGCCAUCGCUCUCCAUCUGUGGCAGCAGGUCCAGGGCCUUCUGGUGCAAUGCGGCGUUCGAAUACAUCUGCACCCAUGGAUAUAAUGGAGCAAAGAUCCACGUUUUUGUGUCCUGUGUCUCGUGUGGAGGGGUGGGUGGUGGGCGGAUGUUACCUGCAUGAGUGUGGUGUAAACUGGUGCUGUGAGCCUGCCCCAGUCUCUGCUACGGCAGUAGGCAGCAACCGUCUCGCCAAACCUGCACAUACACGCAGCGCACAGACAUCGUUUCCCUCCGCUCCGUAUGUGUGUGUGUGUGUGUGUGUGUGUCGAUGUCUGUUGUAUUACUUCACGUAGCUGGAUGCGGCGCAUUUGGUGAGCAGUGCCGCCGCGGUCUCUUCAGUGAUUCGACAGCCGCUCGCAAUGCACCGCUCCCACAGCUGCACUGCCCUGGGGUCCCCGACCUUGCUAUACGCCCGCAUCAACAUGUCAUACUGACAACACGCCGCACACACACGCCCCAACACACACACACACACACAUUCGCAGCUGUCCCUCUCUCUCUGCUCAUGUGCUGUGCUGGCAAACCGAUGUGUAGACGAGUGGCACUUUGAGUCUGUCGGCGAGUUUUUCGAUCUGCACCAUGAGUGCGUGUUCGUUGUGCUCGACGGCGAUGGUGAGGAGGUGCGCCAGGCCGUCGCCCGAGAGGACCACCAUGCCGAUCUUGAGGAGAGGGAGGAACUGCUCCUGGAUGAGCCACAGGCGGUCGGGGCGGGACGCGAUGUGCUGCAGGAGGGCGUCGGUGCUGCCGCUCGGCCACUGGUGGCCAUCUGGCACAUAAAUGGGUGGUGGAUGGACGGACAGACGGACACGUGCCUAUGUGUUGUAUUGGUUAUGUGUACCUUUCAGGGCCUGGUAGAUGAAUUCGAAUGCCGCUCUGACGGCUUUGUUCUUGAGAUGAACACCGACACUACCACAUACACACACACACACACACACGCCACACGCACAAAUGGCCACGACAGCCCAGCAUAGACAUACGCCCGUUUUCCUUCCUUGGUCUUACGCUGAAGUGUAUACGCUGAGGGGCACACCCCCGCCACGCCGCAUCGAAUCCACCGUCGCACGCAACUGACAUACGGACACACACACGAGUGUUUGCCGUGGAUGGGUGCCCCAGUGGGUGCAGUGCAUACGCACCUGUGCGUACUGGCCUAAGAUGGCGUGUCCCAUUGCGAUGUGGUAGAGCAGCGAUAUGCCGACCUCGAUGGCCGGCCGCUGCUUCCGGAGCGUCUGCAGCAUCAGCUCAGCCACACCCACCGCACCUAACCCACAACACACAAAGGGUCUUCGUGUCUGUUUGCACGGGCAUCUUUCUAUACCUGUGUUAGCGAGUGCCUGCAUCACUAGGGCGAAGUCGUCCUGGAGAGUGUUGCUGGGGCCGGGAUGGCGACUGACGUAGUCGACGGCGACCUCACUGGCCCGGUCAUGCUGCUUGAGCUUCAGCAUUGACAACAACACCUGCACGAUGAGAGACGGCAGCAGACGCCAGCUGAAUGUGUUGUGUAUGUGCGUGUUUGGUUGACCGACCUUUGCGACAUCUAGCGGGGGAAUCCUUCCUCUGGCAUCGACGACUUUCAGCUUCUCCCAUGCAUCAACCAUACCUGGACACAAUGGGCAUCCACACAUCCACACAACCACAAAUCUAUCCAGUGAGCUCCCCUGUCUGCCCCUGGCCGCCAUGCAUCAUUCAUUGUGUCACUUACCGUCCUGCCGUCCGUCGUCGGCAUGGUUCAGCAGUUCUGCCCGCGCCGCCUCCCACUCGCAACUAUUGUUAUUCUCUCUCCUUUCACUCUUGAUACACUUCUCAGAUUGGCCCUGCUCUUGGCGUUUCUCUUGGCUCUUCUUCCACGCCACAUAGCGGCGCCGCAACAUGCUGAUGAAUGCCCGCCCGGUUGCAGCGAGGCGAUGCAUUUGAAUGGGAUGCUUCUGGGCUUCUGGGCGGGUGGUCUCUUUCUUACCUCCACGGCCAAUAGUAUGCGAAAGCAAAGAGCGCGGCGGUGAAGAUGAUCCCAUCCAUGAUGCCGACAUAAGGCGCCAGGGCACCACACACGCUGCACUCGACACAGGCACACACCAGCGACGGAUGCGCAUUGGCCUUUGUUGGUGAUGCUCUCACCGCAUGACUAGAUCCCAUGCUUGCGCCAUCACAGACGGCCGCGCGGAG